UUGUGGACACAAAAACUAUAAUAAUAGCAGUGGGAAGGAAUGGAAAGUAGGAAUUAAAAGUCCACAUUUGCUGUCGUCCUUCCAAGAUCCAGCCUCCGGCGUUCCUCAUCUUUGAACCGUCUCGAACCCAGACGAUUUCCUUCCCUAUAAAAGUCGGCGCCCAGCUGCCCCCCACCUCUGUCUCUCUCUCUCUCUCUCACUCUCUUCCCCCAAAUCCAGGCGUGCCAGCGUUGAAGAAAAGUAUCUGGAAUUCUUCGCUUUUGUUGGUGACAGGUGGGUUCCCAUGGCGAACGCGGCGGCUUGCGCUGAGAGGGCAACGAGCGACAUGUUGAUUGGUCCGGAUUGGGCGGUCAACAUCGAGUUGUGCGACAUUCUCAACAUGGACCCUGGGCAGGCAAAGGAUGCCCUUAAGAUACUUAAGAAGCGCCUAGGAAGCAAGAACCCCAAAAUACAACUUCUGGCACUUUUUGUGUUAGAGACUGUAAGCAAAAAUUGUGGUGACUAUAUUCACCAACAAAUUGCUGAGCGGGAUAUCUUGCAUGAAAUGGUGAAGGUAGUGAAGAAAAAGCCAGACUUGAAUGUGAGGGAGAAAAUAUUGAUUCUAAUAGAUACAUGGCAAGAUGCUUUUGGAGGAGCAGGAGGAAGAUAUCCCCAAUAUCAUGCUGCAUACCAAGAACUCAGGGCUUAUGGAGUAGAAUUUCCACCACGUACAGAAAACAGUGCACCAUUGUUUACGCCUCCCCAAACUCGCCCUGUGACGUAUCAACCUGCUGCAUCAGCAUAUGAGGAUGCAGCUAUACAGGCUUCUCUUCAGUCUGACGAUGGUCCUGCUUUUAGCUUGCAUGACAUUCAAAAUGCUCGAGGAAUAGCAGAUGUGUUGGCAGAGAUGCUGAAUGCAUUGGAUCCUCGUAAUUCCGAGGAUGUAAAGCAAGAAGUUAUUGUUGACCUUGUCGAGCAAUGCCGUACUAAUCAUAAGCGUGUCAUGCAACUUGUGAAUGAUACUGGAGAUGAGGAACUUCUAUGUCAGGGUCUAGCACUAAAUGACGAAUUGCAGCGUGUGCUUCAACGGCAUGAUGACAUUCUGAAGGGAACUCCUCCUGUUGGUGGAACAACAGUGGCCUCAACUACACUAACUUCAGCUGCACCUCUUGUCAAUGUAAAUCACGAGGAUGAUGAGUUAGAGGAUGAUUUUUCUCAGCUUUCUCACAGGAGCUCAAGGGAUGGUGCAUCAGGCCGGAGUAGGAAGUCUUCUAUUGCCAAGAACCCAAGUCCACUUCUUCCUCCACCACCAUCAUCAAAGAGGCCAGUCAGCACAGAUGCAAGCCCGGUUGACUAUCUUAGUGGAGAAACUUACAGAUCAGAAACGCCAUCAGAUGCUCAUGUGAAUCUGCCUUCACCACCCAACUCAUCUGUGUCUUCCCCUCCCACUUCAGGAUUGGACUCAACUCCACCAUCAGUAUUCUCUGGCCUACCCAGAUACGAUGAGCCUGCUCAAACCACGAAAUCCACUACAGAGAAUCUUCCAAAGGCUCCUUGGGAAGUCCAACCUGCUGGUUUCUUACCACCACCUCCGUCAAAGUAUGGUGAAAGGCAGCAGUUCUUUGAGCAGCACCAGCAAACUUUCACUGGUGGGAAUUCAGGAGGAGCACACGACGGAUUGGUAGCUCAGACCCAGAACUUAUCUCUUAAUCAGCGAAAUGACGACCUGAGCCAGCAGGAGGUUCCACAAAAUUUUGAAGGUCAGGACUCUCUGCUACAGAACAGACAGGCUCAACCUGAGGAUUCCCUAUUCAAAGAACUGGUUGAUUUUGCAAAAGCCAAAUCAUCUCCUUCCACCAGGCCGCCCAACAGCCGUAGAACGCGUUAAAUGAUCUUUUCAUGCAUGUGUGGUGGCUUGUGUAAUAUUCAUAGUGGGUUUAUCAUGCAGAAUGAGAGGACAGGACUAAGUUGCUAGUGAAAUAAAGACAGGACUUUGUCUAUGGUUUAAAUAUUGUUCUAGUUGGUUAUUCUGUGAGUUGUGUAUAGCAUGAUCAGAAUAGCGUUGGUGUCAUGCAUUUUGGUUACAAUGUGUGAUGACUGAUGAGUCAUGGUUUCUUAAAUCCUUGUCUGAGUUAAUAGGGGCUUCAUGCCUCCAUGUUCUUUCUUGAUCAGUAGCUGUACAAAAAAUUUAUAUCAUACUAUUUGGCAUCUUGUUGAUUA